AUGACAGUGAUGCCACAAAUGAAGAAUGUGAGUCAUUUCAUGACUGAUUAUUCAUUGGAAGAAGAUGACAUGAUUUUUGAUAAAAACAUUGACUCUACUAUAGAGUGGGUUGGUUUUAAGGGGAAAAGUAGAGAUAACCAAGUUAAAAGAAAACCCAUGGAGCUUGGAGUUGCUUCAAACAUGCUGGCUAUGUUUCCCAACAACACUCAAGGAGAUGAUUGUGCUACAUCAGACGAGGAAUUAAUGAGUUUACAUGGAGAUUCUGAUGAUGAAAAUCCUAAAAGAUCCAUUGUUCUUAAUCCAGCUAGAAAUUUGGAGGAUCCAAAAUUUAAGUUUGCGCCUAGUAUGAUAUUCUCAGUAAUAGCAAAGAAUUCAAGUGGGCAGUUGAGGUACAUGCUGUGUUACAAAAAACAGACAUCAAGUUUAAAAAAAAUGAAAGUACGAGGUCGAGGGCAAUUUGUAAGGUGUCAAGCUGCAAAUGGUUCAUAUUUAUAUCAAAGGCUAAUCAAGAUGAACCUUUCAACAUCAAGACAAUAG